CCCCACAUGUUAACCCCUUCCUGCCCAGUGCCAUUAGUAGUGUCAGUGCUUUUUAUUAGCACUGAUCACUGUAUUGGUGUCACUGGGGAUGUCAGUUACACCAAGUCAGUUCCCCCCAGUGUCAGAAUGUCCACCACAGUCCCGCAGUCUUGCUAUAAGUCGCUGUUCGCCGCCAUUACUAGUAAAAAAAUUAAAAUUCCAGUAUAUAUACCACCAUUUGUAGACGCUAUAACUUUCAUGUAAACCAAUUAAUUUACAUUUUUU